CGCUCCGCUCAAGGGGGCGGUGACGCCGCGGAGCCGCCGCCGCGGGUGUCCAGAAAAAGUAUUUCUGCUCUGCCUGUCAAGUUGCUGGCACCCCCCACAAUCGAGCCCUGACCACUAGGGUCUUUGCAGGGAACCUCCUGCUGAACCUCGGGAACAACAGAGGUGGGAGAAGAUGGUGACGCAUCGUCUGGCACACUGUCCCCAGGACAUGGUGGCCUUCCCCGAUGUGGCUGUGAACUUUACCCCGGAGGAGUGGACGUGCCUGGAUGCCACUCAGAGGAAGCUCUACAGGGAUGUGAUGCUGGAGAUCUACCAGCACCUGCGGGCCAUCGGGCAUGCAGGGAUGAAGCCUGCGGUGAUCUCCUGGUUGGAAGAAGAAGCCCUGAGGCCGGGGAGAAGAGGCCUAUGUGCAGAACACAAAUCAGAGCUUCAGAGCUUGUCAUUGCAACCAUUUGAUUUGGGAACUGGCUUGCCAAAUAGGUUUGAGAAGGGAAGCAGCCAGUCCUGGUGGAAUGUCUCUGAUCCUGCACAGUGUGCCAAAGUUUUGAGUGAGCCAUUGUGCCCUCAGCCCCACGGCAAUGCUGAGACAAGCGGGAUGUCCUCUGAGGGGGAUCAGAAUGAAGAGAACGACCUCACUCUGCAGAACCCCUCCCCUGGAAAAAGCUCCUCAGAGUCUAUUGCCCUCCAUCCACAAACACAAACCCCUGCAGUGGGGCAGCCCCUGGACUGUGGGAGAGGAGCACUGUUUAUAGUGAACCCCUCGUACCAACGUGCCCACAAGCAAAGUCACCAUGGACUGACCCCAUCCCAGUGUGAGGAAUGUGAGGGAGCCUUCCCGUGUUCUCAGCACCAUGAUGUUCCCUUAGAGACCCAGAGUGGACAGAAUUCCCAGGAAUGUCAGCAGCGAGAACAAACUUUGAGUCAAACAGCAUGUCAGACUUUGAGGCGUGACCAUAUGAACGUAAAUGCUGGCGAGAAACCUUACGCAUGUAAAGACUGUGGGAAGGCCUUUGAUCGAUCCUCCAACCUUAUUAUACAUCGAAGAAUUCAUACUGGAGAGAAACCGUAUGCAUGUGAGGAAUGUGGGAAGGCCUUUACUCGACCCUCGAGCCUUACUAUACAUAGGAAAAUCCAUUCUGGAGAGAAACCUUAUGUGUGUAAGCAGUGUGGGAAGGCCUUUGCUUACUCCUCACAUCUCAUUAUACAUAGGAGAAUUCAUACUGGAGAGAAACCCUUUAUAUGCAAGGAAUGUGGGGAGGCCUUCACUUACUCCUCAAAACUUAUUAUACAUCGGAAAAUGCAUACUGGAGAGAAACCUUAUAUCUGUAAGGACUGUGGGAAGGCCUUUGUGUACUCCUCCAAACUUCUUAUGCACAGGAGAAUUCAUACUGGAGAGAAACCGUAUGCAUGUCAGGAGUGCGGGAAGGCCUUCACUCGCUCCUCCAACCUGGCUGAGCAUAUGAGACUUCACUUAGGCGAGUAUCCCGUUGCCUAUCAGGAAUUUGGUUUGGCCCCCCCUCUCCCCCCACUUGGGCAGUUGCGUCCUGGGCAGAACACUUUUGUAUGUCAGGACUGUGGGAAGGUCUUUGUUUUCCCCUCAUCCCUUUCUAGACACCGGCGAAUUCACACCGGGGAGAGACCGUACGUGUGUCAGGAAUGCGGGAAGGCCUUUCGGGAGAAAUCCUCCCUUUCUAAGCACUGGCGGAUUCACACGGGGGAGAGGCCUUAUGUCUGUGAGGAAUGUGGGAAGACCUUCACCCGCUCCUCACACCUUUCCAUCCAUAGGACAGUUCACACGGGCCAGAGACCCUAUGUCUGUCAGGAAUGUGGGAAGGCCUUCACGCACGCCUCGGCCCUGAAUGCACACAGAAGGAUGCACACAGGAGAGAAACCAUACGUGUGUCAGGAAUGCGGGAAGGCCUUCACGAAACCCUCUUCCCUUACUCACCACGUGAGAAUUCACACCGGUGAAAAACCCUACAUAUGUCAAGAAUGCGGGAAGGCCUUUAUCUCAUCAUCAUCCCUGUCUAAACAUAGGAGAAAUCACACGGGAGAGAGCCCCUAUAUCUGUGAGGCGUGUGGAAAGGCUUUUGCCUCCUACUCAUACCUUGCCCAGCACAAACGACUUCAUACUGAAGAAAACCCUUAUGUCUGUCAGGAGUGCGGGAAGGCCUUCUCAGCGUCCUCCAACCUUACUCAACACAGGAGAGUUCACACCGGUGAGAAACCUUUUACAUGUCAGGAUUGCGGGAAGGCCUUCACAAGGUCCUUUUACCUCUCGAGACAUAGGAGCAUUCAUACUCAAGAGAAACUCCAUGUCUGUCAGGAAUGUGGGAAGGUCUUCACUUCCUCCUUAUACUUCCUGGAACACCAGAGGAUGCACGCCGGAGAGAGCCCCAACAUGUGCGAGGUGUGCGGGAAGGCCUUUGCUACGUCCGCCUACCUAACUCAGCACAGGAGACUUCACACUGGAGAGAAACCUUACGUAUGUCAGGAGUGUGGCAAGGCCUUUAUUGCGCCCACGGUCCUCGCUCGACACAUGACAGUUCACAGCAGAGAGAAACCAUAUGCAUGCGAGGAAUGUGGGAAGGCCUUCACCCGAUCCGCAAACCUUACCGAACACAUGAGAAUUCACAGGGGCGAGAAACCUUACAGAUGUCAGGAGUGUGGGAAAACCUUCACGCAUCAUUCAGUCCUGAACAGGCAUCGGCAAAUCCACUCUGGUCUGAAACCCCACACAUGUCCAGAGUGUGGGAAGGCCUUUAGUAGGGCCUCAAGACUGACUGAACACAGGAGAGUUCAUACCAAGUGCGAAGCCCUAGCCGUCUAAUGGGAGGACCCUCACACCUGCAUUACUUACAAGAGAUGGCACAGUUGGUGUGAAACCAACCCCCUCCUAAAAAUCCCUAAGGUCACAAUAGUUCCCCUGCAUAGAACAAGUUUUAGUUUUGACAACAGGGAUUGCUGAAAAGCAGGCAAGCUGGAAGCAAUCCUGUGAGAGUGUCAUGAGGUUCCCACGUCAUCAUGUAGAAAGGAGAGGUCCUCACCACUUGUAUCUCUGCCAACAUGCCUUGGGGCUUCAUGUGUAUGUGAACUUGCAAAGAGAGGGCCUGUGUGAUGGGAACCAGGAGGACAGUGGUACAGAGCUAAAAAAAGAAAAAAAUCCACAAAGGUAGCCCCUUCCUCGGGGCUCUCAGCCAAAGCACUGGGUCUGUCUCAUCCUCUUCUCUCGUUCUGUGGCAUGGGCGCCACAGCAGUGACCAACCCCUAGGCUGUAUGGAAUCUUUUCCAACGGGAAAAACAGCCAGCCCUUUGUUCUCCAGGCCUUCCUGUCCACGUGAGACAUCACACUGGAAAAAGACCCUCUGUCUGGAAGGAGUGUGGGAAGCUCUACCCUCAGCCUUCCUGUAUGCUGGAGAUGAACUACAACAGAUGUAGGAAGACCUCUACUCCAAUUCCAAACUUAACCAUAGAUGUGAAUUUUCAUAUAGAGAAACCGUUUUGUUUUGUUUUUCUGUUUUUCCUAUCAGGACCACACCAAGCGGUGCUCAGAGCUUUCUCUUGGCUCUGUACUCAGGGAUCACUCCGAGCGGGCUUGGGGAUACCGAUGUGAUGCUGGCAUGGGACCAGGCCAGCUGCAUGCAAGGCAAGUGCCUUUCCUGCUGUACUAUUGUGCUGGCCCUUGAGAAACCUUUCAAUGUCACCAGGAUAGCAAAACCUCACUGAAUCCUGUCGGCCACUGAUUUCAGCUGAACUUGUCUAACUGGUAUCUCCACCUCUGAACCCAUCAGCAGCUCAGGACAAGGGGCAGUUCAGCAUUUUAAUUUUUAUGCUUAUUUUGGCUCGGAGGCCUGGCCUGGUGGUGUUCAGGGCUUACUCCUGGGUCUGCACUCAGGGAUCACUUUUGCCUUUGCUCAGGGGACUAGAAGGGGGGCCAGGCAUCAAGGUAAAUGUGCUACCUACUGUGCUAUCUCUCUGGACCCCUGGACUUUUUAUUAAAUACAACAUCCCUUCUCUGUG